AAGACAAGAAUAGUGACUGCAGCAGUUAGGGUGAUUCCCUUCAUAGGCUUAAGUAACUCCUGAUGGUCCCUGCAGUCUUUGAGUUAAAUCAAAGUGAGCCAAUAAUGCCAUUUCAAGGGGAUUCUCAAUAUUACUUCGAUUCUCUGGAAUCUAAUAGUGAUUAUGGGGGUGUGUAAGCAUUUCGGGAUUUUUUUCUUUGACGUGUAAUCAACAGAAUCAAGGCUGUGUAUGAUAGGAUGUCACUUCCUCUGUCAGCACUAUAAAGAAUACUGAUUAGUGCCGAAGCAAUGAAGACCAUCUCUACAUCUGGAGAUCUUAAUAGGCAUCAACAUGACCAACAUGAGGACUUUCAUGCUCUUGGUGCUGGCGAUUGUAGCCGUUACUGGGUUGAAACAUAAAGCGGGACCAAUUCUCCUAAUGGAAAUCAUAGAUGAUGUGAAGAAGAUCUUGAAUCAAAGUUCAGCGAUGAAUCUCAACCAAUUUGUAAGAGAUGUAUUUCCUCCAGUGGGCUGCUCGGAGGAACACAUUUGCCAAGCAGCAAUGGUCAUGAUGGACACAGAGCUAAGCUACAGCAUGCUACACAGACGACUGUUUGCCUAUGCUAAUUAUUCAGGGCACCUUCAAUGCAACGUUACAGCUUCAGAAGAACACAGAAUGCAUGUUUUCCUCGAAAAAAUCAAAGAUUGCUGCAAAGAACAAUACUCUAAACUCUUAAAGCAACCAGAUGAGAAGAAACAAGUGAAUUGACUCUAGACUUACUGCUUAUGAACACAAUACUAUAUUUUUGUAUUACAUUUAAUAUUCAAUUCUUUUUUUAUUAAAUGUUUUCUAUCGUAUAUAUUUAUUGUAUUUAUGAAUAAAUGUUUUCUGAACAGA